CAUCUGCCCAUCUACCCACUUUACCAUGGAGGUCAAAUCAACAGCCGUCAAGCAGCAUCUUCACUCGUCUUCGGACGCAACUUGGGUGGACUAUUUUCCUUCCAACAUACGUCCUUAUCUCUAUCUGGCACGGGUUCACAACCCCGCUGGAACACUCUUGCUAUUCUACCCAUGUGGUGAGUAGCUUUCGUGACGUUGUUCUCUUCGUCGUUGACUUGAGUAAUUUAGCAUGGUCGGUCACUAUGGCCUGCUACGCACAGGGCACGCCGAUGUCGACGGUGUGGACCUAUGUUGGAUUGUUCCUUACUGCCUCUCAAGUGUUCCAUGCCGCUGGCUGCGUGAUCAAUGAUAUGUGGGACAAAGACGUCGAUGCUGCCGUUCCACGAACAAGCACGCGACCCUUGGCUUCAGGUGAUGUCUCGAUGUUCCAGGCAUUCCUCUUCCUCAUCCCACAGCUGGCUCUUGGCAUCUGGCUGUUGAUGCAGCUGAAUGAAUACAGCUUGCGACUUGGACUUUCGUCCCUGGGCCUGGUGGUAUUGUAUCCUGCCAUGAAGCGGGUGACCAAUUGGCCGCAGGCAGUCCUUGGCAUGUGCUUUAAUUGGGGAGCACUACUAGGCGCAGCUUCGGUCGUUGGGGCGGUUGACUGGCAUGUGUACAUCCCUCUGUACUUGGGGGCUGCCUGCUGGACGAUCGUGUAUGAUACUUCUUACGCUCGUCAAGACAGAGAUGAAGAUGCCAAAUAUGGUGUGCGGUCGACCACGAUUAUUUUCGGAGACCAGAUCCGACCUAUCCUCGCCAUGUUCUCUGUCGUUGUUUGUUCUUUGGUGUCGUAUGCCGGGUACUGCAACGGACAUGGAUGGCCAUUCUUCUGCGGUGUUGCGUUGGGGGCACUUCACCUUGCCCGACUCCUCGCCAGGACUGACUUUGAGAACAAGGAGAGCUGUGACGCUACGCUUCUCAGUAAUGCUUGGUUCGGCUUCUGGGUCUGGGCGGGAGCUUUCGCCGACUUUCUGGUAAAGACGCAGCUCUAGAUGCAACGACAUUAUGUUUCUUCGACUCUUCUGAGUUUCCUUUUCUCGCGAUCGUGGAGUUCGCUUCUUACGUAUGCCAUAGAUGACUUUCCUUAGACAAAAUAAUGAUAUAAUUUCACGCUUUAGGAGGCGAUUCUAGCUAUUGUUUCGUUACCGUUUGGAACUCAACAACCUUAUAGCUACUUUCACAUCGCGUAUCGAUAGACCAGAUUUCAUUCUUUUUUGUCUUUAGCUACUUGCUUGUGAAGCUGGACAAAUAAAAGUGUCCCGUUUAUUACGAUA